AUGAAGCUGCUGUUAAGCCCCACCAUCCCCAGGCUCCUCUUCCUGUUAGCGUGUCUCAGUGGGUGUGGCUUGGGACAUGGCAUACACCUGGGAACCUGCUCUGUCACUGUACACACUCACGAACUACGCAAGCACUACACAGAGAUACGGAGCUCUGUGAUAGCAGCAGACAGUCAGAUGGGAGUGAGACUGCUGAGGGGAGACGUGAUGAGGAACAUACAGGAGGGGGAGUACUGCUGUUUCCUGCGUCUUUUGCUACGUUUUUAUGUGGAGAGAGUGUUUGUUAGCCACGGCAUGUCUCAGCCACUGCACCGACGCUCAACCAGCGCUCUCGCUAAUAGUUUCCUCACAAUCAACAAGGACCUGAGGCAAUGUCACUGCCACUGUGGAGAAGAUACCAGGAGAAGAAUGGACUCCCUACAGGCCCAGUUUGACAAGCUGGAGAUCUACCAGGCAGCAGUAAAGGCUAUAGGAGAGCUGGAUUCUCUACUGGACUGGCUGGAAGAACUCAAGCACAACUCACACACAACUCACACAGACAGAAAACACAUAUGAAAAUGUGUAAAUAUUGCAGUACAGAUGAUAUGUUACAUUUUUGUUACCACAUAUAAUUUAUUUGAUGGGAUAAGUUUACCUGAAAGGAAUAUUUAUUCAUGUGUGUAUUGAUGCUAAUGUAUGUAUUAAAAGAGACAUAUGUCAGUCUCAGAUGGUUGUCUAAGUUCCAUAAAUAAUGUUUCUGUGAUAGUGUUAUUAACCAGUGUGAAUUUGACCAAACUGUCGAAUUUCACUACAAAUUACAUGUACAGUGCCUUCGGAAAGUAUUCAGACCCCUUGACU